GGAUUGGAAUAAGGGAGGGAAGACGGAUUGGAAUAAGGGAGGGAAGACGGAUUGGAAUAAGGGAGGGAAGACGGAUUGGAAUAAGGGAGGGAAGACGGAUUGGAAUAAGGGAGGGAAGACGGAUUGGAAUAAGGGAGGGAAGACGGAUUGGAAUAAGGGAGGGAAGACGGAUUGGAAUAAGGGAGGGAAGACGGAUUGGAAUAAGGGAGGGAAGACGGAUUGGAAUAAGGGAGGGAAGAAGGAUUAUAAGGUUGAAAAGGAGUGGAGAAGUGGAAAAUAUGACCAGGAGAAAGAAGGAAAAGAGGAGAAAGGGUGGAAGAAGAAAGAAGACAAGAAGGGAGAAUGGAAGAAAGACAAAUCUAGCAGAGGGAAUGAGGGCAAACCAUGGAAGGACAGAGGAAACAAGAUGGAAUGGAAGGAGAAGAGUGAGAAAAAAGACUGGAAGGUGGAGAAAGAUUGGAAAAAGGAAACACCUGAAAGAUGGAGUGAUAGCAAGGAGUGGAAGAAAGGCAAGGAUGAGUGGAAGGGAAAAGAGGAGACCAAUCAAAAGAAAGGAGGUUGGGUUGAGGGCAGGGAUGAGUGGAAGGGAGAGAAGAAUGGAAAAGAGGAGACCAAUCAAAGAAAAGGAGGUUGGAAUGAGGGCCGGGAUGAGUGGAAGGGAGAGAAGAAUGGAAAAGAGGAGACCAAUCAAAAGAAAGGAGGUUGGAAUGAGGGCCGGGAUGAGUGGAAGGGAGAGAAGAAUGGAAAAGAGGACAACAAUCGAAGAAAAGGAGGUUGGAAUGAGGGCCGGGAUGAGUGGAAGGGAGAGAAGAAUGGAAAAGAGGAGACCAAUCAAAAGAAAGGAGGUUGGAAUGAGGGCUGGGAUGAGUGGAAGGGAGAGAAGAAUGGAAAAGAGGAGACCAAUCAAAAGAAAGGAGGUUGGAAUGAGGGCAGGGAUGAGUGGAAGGGAGAGAAGAAUGGAAAAGAGGAGACCAAUCAAAAGAAAGGAGGUUGGAAUGAGGGCCGGGAUGAGUGGAAGGGAGAGAAGAAUGGAAAAGAGGACAACAAUCGAAGAAAAGGAGGUUGGAAUGAGGGCAGGGAUGAGUGGAAGGGAGAGAAGAAUGGAAAAGAGGACAACAAUCGAAGAAAAGGAGGUUGGAAUGAGGGCUGGGAUGAGUGGAAGGGAGAGAAGAAUGGAAAAGAGGACAACAAUCAAAGAAAAGGAGGUUGGAAUGAGGGCUGGGAUGAGUGGAAGGGAGAGAAGAAUGGAAAAGAGGACAACAAUCGAAGAAAAGGAGGUUGGAAUGAGGGCUGGGAUGAGUGGAAGGGAGAGAAGAAUGGAAAAGAGGACAACAAUCAAAGAAAAGGAGGUUGGAAUGAGGGCCGGGAUGAGUGGAAGGGAGGGGAGUGGAAGAACGACAAGGAUGACUAUAAGGACCUUGGCAAAGGAUGGAAGGAGAGAGGAGAGAAAAGGGAGUGGAAGGGAGAGAAAGAUUGGACAAAGAAAGACAGAAAGAAAGACGUCAGUAAAGAGUGGAAGAGUAAGGACAACAGGAGAGAAAAUGAGUGGUCGGAUGGAAAUAGAAAGAUGGAAGGAUUGAAGGAGGAGAGAAACGGUGGGAACUGGAAAAAGGACCGGGGGAAUGACAAGUACGAGAAGGACCACCACCACUACUACUCUAAGGAAGGGCAGAAAGAGUGGAGAAGGAGAGAAAAGGGCCCUCCCCAAACCCACCGAAGACCCCCCCUUGAGCAACCUGACUACUGGAGUUACCAGAGAGAACGACUGCAGCACAAACCCAACCCUCAAACCCACUGCAGUUCAGUGGAGGCCUGCGCCCAGGCAGAGGGGCUGCUCCCUGUCACCAUGCCGGAGUUUGAGGCCCUGCUCCUGGGUUACCUGGUCAAGGCAGAGAGGGUGGGGAUGGAGGCCUCCAAGAGGGAGGAGCUCAGUAAGCUAACCAAGGAGUUCUUCAGUGACGGAGUGUUCGUUCACGACCAGAUGAGCUUCAAGGACUUUGUGGAGGAUGUGGAGGACAUCUUAGAGGAUAUGGUGGAGGAUGAGGAGGUAGAGGAGGAGGUGGAUGACUUUGAGGAAGAGGCAAUGAACAGGUUUUCAGUUCCAGGGGGAGGAGAGAGGGAGAAGUGGAAGAAGGAUAGUGGGAGAGGACGGGUGUAAUGGAGUGAGAAAGGGAGUCAAUGCAUGUCAGGAGGAGUGGAAAGAUAAAGGUGGAGGAAAAUACAUGGAUGUGCUGCAAGGUAGAAUUUAGGAGGAGCAACACGCAUAUAUAUAUCUAUCUACUGCUCCAAAAAAUAAAGGGAACACUAAAAUAACACAUCCUAGAUCUGAAUGAAUGAAAUAUUCUUAUUAAAUACUUUUUUCUUUACAUAGUUGAAUGUGCUGACAA